AUGUCGAUCAAUUUGGUUUGGCUGUGUUCCCUACUGGUGUUGUUGGGUCACAAAUGGACCGACGCUACAGACCUAUCUCAAUGCAUGUCGGCACUCGGCAUGGAGUCCGGAUUGAUAAAAGACGACGAUUUAACCGCUAGUUCUUCUUUCGAAAUUGGAAAUGUCGGACCACAGAACGCCAGGGUACGCACAGAAAGAGAAGGGGGUGCUUGGUGUCCAAAAGAGCCGGUCACUAGGGAACCCACCGAAUGGCUUGAAGUCAAUUUACACGAUGUAAGAGUGAUCACUUCAGUGGAGACUCAAGGCAGGUUUGGCAAUGGACAGGGUCAAGAGUUUACCGAAGCAUUUCUGAUUGACUACUGGAGACCAAAGCUUGGAAAAUGGGUCCGAUACAGAAAUAUUACUGGACACGAGAUACUGAUCGGUAACAUCAACACGUACUUAGAACACAGACAAGAACUGAAUCCUCCGAUUUGGGCGUCGAAAAUUAGAUUCUUGCCGCACAGCUACCACACCCGACAGGUGUGCAUGCGAGUCGAGCUCUACGGAUGUCUGUGGACAGAUGGCAUUCUAAGUUACUCGAUGCCGCAAGGUGAUAAACGCAGCCCGGAAUGGGAGUUUUACGAUUCCACGUACGACGGAUAUUGGGACGAUGAAUUGCAAAGAGGUCUUGGCCAACUGACCGAUGGCAAAAUUGGACUCGAUAACUUUAGAAUGGGAUACUAUGACACCGAAAGAGGUCAAGGAUGGGUUGGUUGGAGAAAUGAUACGAGAAAUGGUCAAGCGAUCGAGAUCAAAUUUGAAUUCGACAAGGUCCGAGAGUUCACCGGGGUUCAUAUAUAUUGUAACAACCAGUUUCAAAAAGAAGUACAGGUGUUCUCCGAAGCGAGUAUUUUAUUCAGCGUGGGAGGAAAAGUAUACUCGUCGGAACCGUUGACUUACACUUACAUGGAAGACAGGAUAUUUGAGACGUCCAGGAAUGUCAGCAUCAAGUUGCACAGGAGAGUCGGCCGUUUCAUUAAGCUUAGGCUGUCUUUUGCUGCCAAAUGGAUCAUGCUCAGCGAGAUAACUUUCGAUUCUGAUGUCGCGCAGGGCAACUUUUCCGAGGAAAGUGUUGUGCUGACAGAGCCACCGAUUCAGAAGGACGGAUCGGCGAUGAAAGAUCAUCAGGACCCUCUGAGACCGGAACUACCAAUCCCCACCGCCAAAGACGAGGACCAGACGUACAUGGCGAUCAUCAUCGGCGUGCUGAUGGCGGUCAUCAUACUGCUGGCAGUAGCUAUUUUCCUGAUCGUGUCCAGGCACCGGCGGAGGAAGUGCUUCGCCAGCCCGUUGGUGGGCAAGAGCGCACUGGCCACGGGCAACGGGUGUCCGGGGAUGUCUUCGGGCAGCAGCUGCGGCACUGGUGGCAGUUACAAGGAGGCCGGCACGGGCAGCUCGGUCAGCCACCACGGCGGCACCGGUGGCACUGGCCACGGCCACCCGGCAGGCACCGUCAACGCUCACCUGCACGACAUGGACAGGCUGAUCCAGUUGGACGCCGAACCGUACCAGGAGCCGUACCACGCGCACACGCCGUUCUACAGUUACAGUACCGUGGUGGUCGGCCGCAACAUGGAUUCAGGUAACUCUGCGUACGAAUACGCUGUGCCCGAGACCGGAACCAUGCCAUUACUCACAACUUCGCCACCGCCACCACCGCCACCGUCAGCUCCUCCUGUGGCUCCUGUCACAACCGACACGUUUGCCAGGAACAAAAUGUAUCCCACGGACGAAAGCAGAAGUAGUAAAAAAUCUUCGCAAAAACAAGAAUCCCAGACCGCAUUGAAACGCCGGCUCGAACAAACGCCCGUGCCCGAAUUCCCACGGCACCGUCUGCGUAUGUUGUCCAAACUCAGUGAGGGUAAUUACGGAGCGAUUUACGUGGCUGAAGCGGACGGCAUCAACGAAUACAACUCGAAAAUUACUCUGGGCAAGCGGCUGGUGGCCGUAAAAUUCUUCUCGCCCGCGUUGUCGGAAAAAGAGAGAGCUGAACUACAAAACGACGUGAGGAUAUUGGCCGGUCUGGAAGAUCAAAACAUCGCCAGAGUGUUGGGCGUGUGUACCGUCGAACCACCCCUAUGCGUAGUUAUGGAGUACAGUGAGCACGGUGACCUCAACCAGUUCCUCAAGACGCACGUGCCCGUCGAAGCUGCUCGAAACCUGCCCCCCACUGUGAAAACCUUGAGUUUCCAAUGUCUGCUGUAUCUCGCCACACAAAUAGCGUCAGGAAUGCGUUACUUGGAAUCGUUGAACUUUGUUCACCGCGAUUUGGCUACCAGGAACUGUUUGGUGGGAAAAGCGUACAAGGUGAAAAUCAGCGAUUUCGGCACCGACAACGAAGCGUAUUCGGCCGACUACUACAAACUGGACGGAAACCUCGGGCUACCCGUCCGAUGGAUGUCAUGGGAAUCGGCGUUCUUGGACAAGUACUCGACGAAGAGCGACGUUUGGUCGUUUGCCGUGACCCUCUGGGAAAUCCUGCACCUGGCCAAGUCGCGACCGUUCGAGGGGUUCGCCGACCACAGGGUGGUAGAGAACCUGUCGCACAUGCACGUGGACGACGGCCUGUUCGAGUACCCGGCCCGACCGGCGUGCAGCCGGGACAUCUACGACCUGAUGCGCGAGUGCUGGAAGCGACAGGAGUCGGACCGACCCACGUUCCGGGAGAUCCACCUGUUCCUGCAGCGCAAGAACCUCGGCUACUCGCCCGCCGCCGCCGCGUCAUGA